GCACUAAAGCGGUGGAUUUAAAUCCUUCAAGGACGAAGAACCCUUAAAGAUGACACCCAAAAUGAUAAUCACCUAUUGUUACACUGUAAUUUUAUUGUGUGACCUCACCAGUUCCUCAUAUAUGGAAAUCCUCGACCUAAACCAAAAUCCAGGCAUAGUUGCCUUCAGAACUAAUUCCGUUUUCUUGAAAGAAGGUUUCCACACAUUAUUUCACAAGUUCAAUUUAUACUCAUACAGAAUUAUUUUAAAACAAUACGAAUCUAUUAUUAAAAAUCUAGAAGAAAAUCCAAAUAUUGAAGAAAUAGUCAACAUUUUGAAACAAAAGCAUAGUCAAGCCAACUUUAUACUUGAAAAUCUUACUGUAAAACGAAGAAGAACAAAACGAUCUCUCAACUUUCUUGGAUCUACUAUAAAAAUGAUUACUGGAAACCUUGAUAACGAAGAUUUGCUUAAAAUUGAAAAUCAAUUAGAAUCCUUAAAACACUCUAAUAAUGCUUUAGUUACAGAGAACAAUGAACAGGUCAGGAUAAAUGAGCUUUUUGAAAACAGAAUUAACAAUUUAACAAAACAGGCUUACAGGCAGUCUAGAGAAAUAGAUAGUAUCGUAAAACAAGCUAGGUUGAGUUUAGACCGGCCAAUUGACUGGAAACACAUUCUACAUAUACACAGCAUCAUCUUCAACAUCGACAUGAUCCAACACCAGCUUGCAACAAUCUUCGAAUCCAUACAAUUGUCGAAACUGGGUAUAAUAUCGAAAACGUUCUUACAACCUUCAGAACUGGAAUUUGCAACGCAACUACUGGAAUCACAAGGCAUAACGAUUGAAAGCUUUGAUCAAACUUACGAGUUUUUGGAACCGGUAGCUUUUCAUAACAACUCAGACAUAAUAGUCCUUAUUAAAAUUCCUAAGCUUAGACGAGGAGAUUAUGUACAACUUCAGCUGGAAACUAUUCCUAUACAUAACAAAGUUAUAGCGAUAAACGCUACAAGUGCUAUUAUUGGCAACAACGAGUCGUAUCUGGUAAUGCAUCCAUGUACGAACAUCGAGAAACGCAGUAUUUGUGAUUUACAAAACCUCUUUAACGUCUCCAACGACAAAUGUCUUCAUCCAAUAUUACGAGGAAACGCAGGUACAUGUACCUUUACAAAGUCACCAACAAUUUCGGAAUUCAAAACAGUUGAAAAUCUUGGAGUACUGAUAAAAAACUCCGUUAAACCCACCCUCAUACAGAACAGUUGUGGUUUUGGCCCGAGAAAUCUGACAGGAACAUUUCUCGUAUCAUUCAAGGAUUGCCUCGUAACUCUCAACGGAAAGCACUUCAACAGCAAAUCUUUCAAAGGGGAAACUAAACCUGCUAUACUCCCAUUUAGUGAACGUCAAUGAAUCAGAAAUACUAGCAGAACCCAUCGAUAAUUUGGAACAACUACACGUACAUAAUCGUCGUAAGCUAGAACAUCUAGAAACCGUUACCGAAAGGACUAGAGCAUUCAACAUUGGAGCCAUAGUUUUGAUCACAUGCCUCGUCAUAGUUUUCUUCACUUUUCUCAUAAGAGAAGUUCGUAAACUUAAGCUGAAACUGACGAUACGCAUUCCAGCAGUCAAAGUUGCAGAUACUUCGCAUCUAGGGUUGAACCGAGACGGUUCAAUCUAAUAAGCGGGACGUUAUGUACGCAUCCUAACAGCCUCUAUCGCGUAUGCACAGACGUCAGCAAAGUACGCGCUAGCAGAAAGUCACCGUUGCAUCCGGCACGUGGAGACGUCAGCUAUUUGGUUACCAACCAAAGGUUAGCCACAGGUACGCUGACGUUGCAGUAAACAUCCGGCCAUCGAGGUUGCAUCAGCCGGGACCCAAUUGACGAACCAGGAAUUCCGCUGAAGCAGCAGUUUCCAGUUAGGCGGCCAUAGCCAGGUAACUAGGUAGCUUCAGUCAGGGCGAUCAGUUUAGUGCGGCAUUCGAUAGGGACAACACGUCCAAGUGUAGACAAUUAAAAUUUGUAAAACAUCAAGUGUAUAACGAACUC